AUGAUAAUCCGCGUGCGCAGCUAUGAACUGCUCCACGAUGGCGACAAUCUUCGAGCGGCCAAGAAUGAGCUCGACUACUACCUACGCAAGAAUCCCCACGCUCCCCGAUCGGGGGCUUUCAUGACGAAACACGGCAUCUACUUCUUGGAUUACAAACGCUCAGACGCAGUGCUGGCGAAGACGCGACUCGGCGUCGUCAUUAGUAUGUCAACGCAGAGCAUCACCUAUCUACCCUGCUACACCAAAUCAGGUAGAGGAAUCGGCCAUCUACACGAGACCACGCAACUUGAAUACGUCGGCCUCCGCGACGACCGAAAAUAUCCCUACGGACGAGAAUGGCAUCCACAAGGCCGUCAUAGAGCGUUGAUGACGACGAACAUGAAGUCAGCAGACAUCAUAAAGCCAGAAACCUGCGUGGCUUUGGCCAGCCCAGUAAGUAUCAAGCUUGACCACAAGUUGGCUAUAGUCGGAGACAUCCGCGCAGAAAGCCUCCGCCGUCUUAACAGACUAUACCUGGAGCAUGGCAUGCAUUUCGCACAAUUCGACCAGAACGCUGAAGUUGACGAUGACGAUGACCAGACGCCGGUUGACGAGGCUCAGCUAGGUGUUGGAUACUACUACGCUGCUAUGAACGUUCGCGCCCAAAUGGACCCAAAACUGGCUGCAAAGAAGAAGCGAACCCCACACGAUGACCUGCGAGAUAUCUUGGUGUCACAUGGUUUCGAACACGAUGGAUGA